CUCUCUCCCGACCGAGAUCUUCCUCUGCACCCUUCCGGGUAAACCUCUCGCAGCGAUAUGGAAGAAUUUUUGCAACGCGCCAAGUCUAAACUGAAUCGAAGCAAACGCUUGGAGAAGGUCCACGUGGUUAUUGGACAUAAAUCGUGUGACUUGGAUUCUCUCAUUUCUGCCUUCACAUAUGCUUACUUUCUGGACAAGGUCAGCCCACCUGGAGUUCUCUGUCUGCCAGUGCUGAACAUACCAAGAACCGAAUUCAACUACUUCACAGAGAUAAGGUUCAUUUUAGAAGAGCUGAAUAUCUCCGAAUCAUUCCACAUAUUCCGAGAUGAAAUUAAUCUGCAUCAGCUAAACGAUGAAGGAAAGUUGUCUGUAACACUUGUUGGCAGCAACGUGCUGGCGAGUGAGGACAAAACUUUAGAAUCAGCUGUGGUCAAAGUCAUCAGUCCGGUUGAGCAGAGUGAUGCUGGGCUUGAGUUCCGAGAGUCUUCCUCCUCCCUCGUUGUGAAAGAGAUUCUGCAGGAGGCUCCCGAGCUCAUCACUGAGCAGCUGGCUCAUCUCCUCAGAGGUAGCAUCCUUUUCAAGUACAUGACCAUGGAAUCUGAGAAGAUCUCAGGGAAGCAGGAAGAAAUUCUUUCUAUCCUGGAAGAAAGAUUUCCAAGCUUACCUCCCAGAGAGGACAUUAUCAACGUACUGAAGAAGAGCCAAUUCAGUGCUCAGGGUCUAUGUAUUGAGCAGAUAAUGCUGAAGGAUCUCAAGGAGCUGUCAGAUGGAGAGAUAAAAGUGGCCAUCAGCACCGUGAACAUGGCGCUUGAGAACUGUAUGUUUCACAGCAACAUCACCAGGGAUUUGAAAGCAUUUACACACAAGUUUGGUUUUGAUGUCCUCAUCCUCCUGGCCAGCUACCCGCCGGAGGAGCAGCAGCCCAGACGACAGCUUGCUGUGUACUCUGAGAACCUAGAGCUGUGCAGUCAGAUCUGCUGUGAACUGGAGGAGUGUCAGAACCCUUGCCUAGAGCUGGAGCCCUUCGAGUGUGGCUGUGAUGAGAUCCUGGUAUACCAGCAGGAGAACCCUUUGGUGACUUGUGACCAGGUGGUUCUCCUUGUCAAGGAAGUCCUCAACAGGAGGUGUCCAGAGAUGAUCUCCAACAGCCGGACGUCCUCCACAGAAGCCGUGGCAGGCAGCGCCCCGCUCUCCCAGGGAUCGUCGGGGAUUAUGGAGUUGUAUGGCUCUGACAUAGAGCCACAGCCCAACCCUGUGAAUUUCAUAGAGAACCCUCCAGAUCUCAGCGACUCUAACCAGGCCCAGGUGGAUGCCAGUGUAGACCUCGUUAGCCCAGAUAGUGGGUUGGCCACCAUUAGGAGCAGCCGUUCAUCCAAGGAGAGCUCAGUUUUCCUCAGUGAUGACAGUCCAGUGGGAGAAGGUGCUGGGCCUCACCAUAGCCUCCUCCCAGGGUUCGACUCCUAUAGUCCCAUCCCUGAAGGGGCAGUAGUGGAGGAGCAAGCACGGUCCAGAGAACAUGGGGAACACUUUGACCUCUUCAACUUUGACCCAGCCCCCAUUGUUUCUGGACAGUCCCAACCAUCUUCCCAUUCUGCUGACUACUCCCCAGAAGAUGAUUUCUUUCCUAACAGCGAUUCAUCAGAAGGACAGCUCCCCACGGGGCCUAAAGAACUCAAUGGGAUAGGGAUGGACAUGUCUAAUUAUUCAUCUGGUGUGCUUUUGUCGGAGGCUGGCGAAGAUAACCUUGUGGAGUUCGAUGAGGAGUUUGCCCAGAGACAAGAAAGUCCUGGGGAUAACUCUAAAAGGAAUGUGAGCUUGACUGGUUUUGUGGGAGAUGAAUCUCUUUCUCCAGAAAGGCUAAAAAAUAUUGGAAAGAAGAUCCCACUGACACCAAUGAAUAGCUUUGUAGAAAGCUCACCAUCCACUGAAGAACCAGGUCUACUCUGUUCCGAAGACAUGGCCCAACAAACAGUUGACACAGGGCCACCUCAGACUCGUGCACGGUGUAGCAGUUGGUGGGGUGGUUUGGAAAUUGACUCUAAAACUACUGCAGAUGCAUGGAGUCCCAGUGAACAGGAAUCUGUCUUCCAGAGCCCGGAAUCCUGGAGAGAUCAUAAGCCAAGCCCAGUUGAUAGGAGAGCCUCAGAUUCUAUAUUUCAACCAAAGAGUCUUGAAUUCUCAAGGGCAAGGCCCUGGGAGUCAGAAUUCGGUCAGCCUGGGCUGGGCAACAAUAAUAUUCGAGACCAGAAUGAGGAAAGCUUGCAGUUUCAGAACCUGCCCACUGAAAAGUCACCUUUGCCAGACGCUUCUCCUCAGGGAACAAACCAUCUGAUAGAAGAUUUCGCUGCUUUGUGGAGUUCCAAUCGCUCUCCCACGGCAAUGCCCGCGCCGUGGGGAAAUCCUGUAGAUGACCAUGAACCAGCUUCUGCAGCGUCAUUCCCGGCUUGGAGUGCAUUUCGUACAGACAAUGACACCAAGCCUCUGAAAAAUACCUGGAAUCUGCACCCAACGUGCGGUGACACACCUUCUGUGAGGGACCCGAGUGAGUGGGCCAUGGCAAAGAGUGGGUUUUCUUUUCCUGCAGAAGACCUUGCGGACAGUUUGGCCAGUGAGACAAAUAAUGAAGCAGCUCCAGAAAUCUGGGGCAAAAAGAACCAUGACUCUAGGGCUAAAUCCCUUACAUCUGGAAAUCCCAGGUCUGACCUGGAUCAGGCAUGGAAUAGCUCUAAGACAGCAAAGGAAGAUCAGGAUGGUAGCAUGGCUCCGAAAAUUAGAGGGAAUGUAUAUGAAAAGGUAGAUUCCUGGAACCUUUUUGAGGAGAGUAUCAAGAAAGGAGGGUCAGAUGCCCUAGCUCCGUGGGAAGAUUCCUUCUUAUCGUAUAAAUGUCCUGAUUACAGUGCAUCCAACAUAGGGGAAGAUUCAGUGCCUUCCCCCUUAGAUACCAACUACUCCACCUCUGAUUCUUAUACUUCACCGACAUUUGCUGGAGAUGAAAAAGAAACUGAAAACAAGCCAUUUGCUAAAGAGGGAGAUUUUGAGUCAAAGGAUGCUAACUCUAUUACCAAGGAGACGGAAACCCCUCCUCAGUCACCGCUGCAGCCACCUAGAAAUCGAAUUAGUUCAGGUCCUGGAAACCUCGAAAUAUGGGCUUCACCUCAUGCAGAUGAUAGUUCUGAAAGAAAUGCCACUCACAACCCAGAUAAAGACUUAUUCAAAACAGAGCCCACAGAUGAGAAGGACAUCUCCGUGGAGGAUGACAUUGGAGAGAGCAGCCGGUCCAGUUACGAUGACCCUGGCAUGAUGCAUCUGUACAACGAAACAAACCGGCAGCUCACCCUUCUGCACAGCAGUACCAACUCCCGGCCCACGGCCCCUGACAAUCUUGAGCUGUGGAACAGAGUGAUUCUGGAGGACACUCAGUCCACUGCAACCAUCUCGGAUAAUGACCUGGACUGGGAUGACUGCAGUGCAGGUGUGGUGAUCCCUGGUGAAGGUCAAGCCCAGGGAUACGUGGCUGAAGGUACUGAACCUGAAACCCGAUUUUCAGUGAGACAGCUAGAACCAUGGGGCAUGGAGUUUCAGGAAGCCAGUCAGGCUGACUGGGGACUUCCUGCUUCUUAUGAGCAUAGUGAGGACACUGUUUCCAACGAAUAUCACAUACUGAAUGAAAAAAGCGGACAGCUAAUCGCAAAUAGUAUUUGGGAUUCUGUCAUGAGAGAUAAUGACAUGCCAUCAUUAAUGUUACCAGGUCCAUCAUACGUUACAGAUUCAGAACAAAGCAGAUUGCCUCCUGAAACUCCCAGCUCAUCCAAAGAAAUUAAGGACAAUCACAGCCCAGAUGUGCUAGAAGCCUCUGGAGUCAGUGAGUCAGGAGCACUUGAUCCAGACCAGGAAGACACAUGCCAAGGAAACCUGCCAAGUAAUGCAGUGUCCCUGACAACCGGGCUUGAGAAUCCAGGGCACUUUGUAAGCUCAGAUCCAUGGAAAAGUCGCAGCUAUGGACAAAACGAAAGUGAGAAGGAAACCCACAGGGCCGUUGACAGGGCAUGCCUUAGCGAGGAGGAGGUGAUGGAUAGAGCCUCGGGGAAUUCUGGAAAAGGCCAACAUGACCAGGAAUGCUCAUCCCCAGUUACAUCUGAACAUGAAGAAAUCUGUGAUGAGUCAGGCAAAACCAGCUUCCCUUCAGUCCCGUCAACUCCUCAGACUGAGGAGCCCCAGAAGGUUUUCGAGCAUGAGAAGGGAUUUCACAGUUCAAACCCCUGUGACGUGCAGCCGGAGGUGUCCUCCAAUCACCUGCAGGCCAAAGAGACCUUCGGAAAGUACCUCAUGGAUCCCAGAAAUCCAGGUGAAACUACUGAAAUUUUGGAUAGGCCGAAUUUAACAAAAAAUGUGUCUCUACCUGAAAUGGAUCUUAAGAAAACUGAAGAAUGUAACAUUCUGGAGCCAGAGAGAGUAAACCAAGAGUCACCUCCCAAAUGUCCCCAGCGCCUUGACGUUUGGGGUGGCCCUACAGAUAGCGAUGUGCAGGUCAGAAGCACCAGUUCUGAGAUAGCUAAGGAUCCCGAAGGUACCAGUACUGAAAACAGCCCUCCAGCAGUCAGUCCAUUGGGAAAUUAUGACAGAGAUAGUCUUUCUAGUGAGUAUACACAUUCGAAUGCUUCAAGUCCUGACCUAAAGGAUUCUUCGGCUGCAUUGCUUUCGUGGGAUCAUGGAACCAAUACUGGGUGUCAGGAGGAGACUCAGGAUGAUUGGAGUGAACAGAAUCACCAAGAAUCUGGACUAAUUACUACUGAUGGCCAAGCAGAAGUCAUUACUGAAAUGAAAGAACUGGAGAAAAACAGAAAGGAUGGGUUAGAUCACAAAGUUUCUAAAUUUUUAGAGAUAUGGGAUGACUCAGUAGAUGAUUCCUUUUCCUCUUUAUCCAGCCCUGAAGUAGGCAAAUAUUCUGAAUACUCAGGUGCUUAUCAGGAAAGAGAUCUAGUGGUUAGCCACCAGGACAAAAAUGAUCGUGAUAUUCUUGACACUGUGCAGCCAGAGGAUGCCAAGUACAUUACAAGGAGCUCAGAUUCUGAUGAUGAGAGUGCAGGUGAUGAGGAAUCAGUGGAGAAAGAGAGCCAUUCGGCCACUUGCCACAUUGCUCAGAGUGAACCCAGAGCUUGGGACUCAUCAAAUGAACCUAAUGAGUUCUUGGCCAUGACAGAUCCCAAGCCCGAGGAAGGAUCUGCCUACACAGGGAGUUCGAGCCCAGCAGAGAAUGAGAAGACAGCAGACCCACUUUGUGACACUCCACAAAGCAGCCCCGAUCACUGGAAUUUCUCCCCACUAAAGGAGAACGAAAUACAGGUGAUAGCAGCAGAUAAGGAGACGAGAUCUUCAGAAAUAGAGAAGCUAGGAAAUAUCAUAUGGCAAAUCUCUCCCAAAACUGAGCCAAAGAAUGAGAACCAUUCUAAAUCAGAAAUGCUUGGCUUCUCAACUGAGAGCACUGAGUGGUGGAAUGAAUCACUACAGGAGGGGCAGCCAACUGAGGGUGCAUUUGAAAGGGAAUUAUCUAAAGGGGAAUUAGCUAACUCAGGUGGUAUGUUACAGAUGAAUUCUUCCAUCUACCAAAAUGUGGGUCCCUGGGGAGUACCCAUUCAGAGUGAUAGGGAAUCCAUGGAAGCACAUUGUACUAAUCCUUUCAGUGAUAAACAUCAGUCACCCUUUCUACAUAGUGAUGGGGGGAACUCCCAUGAGCAACUCUGGAACAUUCAACCAAGGCAGCCAGACCCAGAAGCUGAUCAGCUUAGCCAGCUCGUAAUAUUGGACCAAGUGAAAGGAAAUGAUCCCAGAGAGCAAACCUUCAUGGCUUCUGCUGGUGACAAACUCACUUCUGAAACACCCACCCAAGAGCAGUGUCACAAUACAGUGCUAUCCAUCUGGGAUCAGCCAGACCCAACAUUUACUCACAUUGAUGAAAAUGAAUGUGUCGUAUCUAAUGUCUCAACUGUUGAGUGUCAAGAAGCAAAUCAGUGGGAAGAAGAAAAAUCAUACCCCAGUGAAAUGACAAAUUUCAGCAUGGCCUCCGAUUUUCCUGCUGUCAGUUCUCCCCAGCUGAUAAAGAAGGCAGGUGCUGAGUGGGAUGAUGCCAGCCCCAGGGAGGGCUCCCGAAGCACGUUUGUCCCAGACAUCUUGCAUGGCAACUUUCAGGAGGAUGGGCGGUUGACCUCAGCUUCGCCUGACUUGUGGGUGGAUGCUAAGCAGCCCUUCAGUUUGAAAGCAGACGGUGAGAAUCCUGAUAUAUUGACUCACUGUGACCAGGACAGCAAUUCUCAGGCUUCCAAUAGCCCUGAUAUAUGUCAUGACUAUGAAGCCAAGCAAGAGACUGAGAAGCCCAUCAAUGCUAGGAUGGGACCUGAAGGGGAAGCCAGUGAGUUAUAUGUCACCGAGCCAAAGCUGGAUGAAGAACCCACUCAUGAGCCUGGGCAGGAAUUUGUUCCAGACGGUUCAGAAGUAUAUUCUGAAAACACAAUUCCACCACCUCCAGUCAGUGACCAAGCAAACUCAAAUGGCUACUCUCUGCUUGCUGCCUCGCACCGUGGUUCUCCUGAGCCUUCUGAAAUAAAAGGUGGAAACGACACAGGUUUAAAAGAUUCAGAAAAAGGAGCCGACCCAGAUAUGACACCAGUUUGGGAACCCACUGACAGAACACUCCCAAUGAUUAAAAAGGUGGGGACCACCAUUUUUGUAGGUCACCAAGAGCCAGCUAUGGAUGGUGACGGCUCUUGGAUCUCCGAGGACUUUUCUCCUGAAAGUCCGACAGAUGCAAGAGCCUUGCUGGACCUUGGGCAGCCUUUGACCACCGAGAACCCUGCCUCAGUUCCCAGUGCUCUUCUAGCUUCGGACAUUUGUCUGGAUGUAAGCGAAGCUGCCUUCGAACACAGUUUCAGUGAAGCCUCGGGUCUCAACACAUCCACGGGAACAAUAGAUGACAUGAGUAAACUGACACUAUCGGAAGGCAAUCCCGAUACACCAGUGGAUGGGGAUGCUGGGAAGCAAGAUAUCUGUUCGUCGGAAGCCUCAUGGGGUGACUUUGAAUACGAUGCCAUGGGCCAAAACGUUGAUGAAGAUUUAAUGAAAGAGCCUGAGCACUUUCUCUAUGGUAGUGACCGUCCCUUGGAAGAAGAUGCUCUGAAGCAGUCGCUGGCACCUUACACUCCUCCCUUUGAUUUGUCCUAUCUCACAGAACCUACUCUUGGUGUUGAACUGACAGAGGCAGCUGGGGCUGCAGAGGAUGAGUCUCUGGGGAGUGAAGCAGCAGAGAUACUGCUUUCUGCUCUUUCUGAUCAAAGAAGCAAGGAAAACCACACUGAGACCCAAAUCAGACAGCCUGGACGCCAGCUGGAGGUACUGCAUAUUCAUGAAGACCCUGAGUCACUCUCUUUGCCUGGGAGAGGUGGUGACUCCAGCGUGGAGUCGUCGCCCUCAAACAUUGACUGGGAAGUAGAAACAGAGAAUUCCGAUUCACCAGCAGGUGGAGACCUGGGACCAUCAAAUGGUGCCAGCAGGAGAAUAUUAGAGUUAGAAGAAGAAACAGUAAUUCCUACGGAAGAGUCGGAGCAGGUAAAACCAGAAUACAGAGAAGGAAGGUACACAGAGAAGAAGGAAGACCAUCCCGCACAACAUAUGGAUUACAUACUUGUAAACCACGGAGCAAAUUCACCCGCACAGCCAGAGGCCUGUGAAGCAAGAGGAAACACAUCUGUAUUGGAAGAGUUGCACAUCGAUUCCAAACAAAUGGGGCUGCCAGGAACUCAGCUAGCAAGCUUCCCAGACACCUGUCAACCUGACUCCUUAAAGGAAAGAAAAGAUCAUACUGCGGAGAGAAUGUCUUCCCAAGAUGAUAAGAGGUCACCACCCCUUGAAAGCCCUGGGCAAGAACAGAGUUGGAUGCUCUUGGGCCAUAGUGAGGUCGGCAAUCCAUCAUCAGAAGCUAAGGACAAAGGGCCUGAAGGGUCUGACGAGGCUGUGGAGCCCGCCUCUGCUCACGGCUUGGGCAACAGCCCCCAAACGCAGGUUCUGGGAGAAACAACACCUCUGGAAUCUUUAGCUCUAGAGGAAGCCUCUGGUCUGGGCAGCCAGUCUCGGAAGAGCCAGAGGCAGAGCCGAGGCGGGCCGAGCCGGGAUGCAGAUCCGUUGCAGGCUGUCACCCAUGACAAUGAAUGGGAAAUGCUUUCACCACAGCCUUCUCAGAGAAACCCAGUCCCUGAAACAGAAAUAGAGGAGGAGACGGAGUUUCUUGACCCCGGAACAAGGAAACCAAGACCAGACAGACCACUGUCAGAGGAUGUGGGAAUGGACAGCCCCUUCGAGGAGGGAAUGCUGAGUCCCGGCGCUGCAGACAUGAGGCCGGAACCUCCUAAUUCCCUGGAUCUUAAUGGCGCUCAUCCUCAGAGGAUCAAACUCACCGCCCCAAAUAUCAGUCUUUCUCUGGACCAAAGCGAAGGGUCUGUCCUCUCUGAUGAUAACCUGGACAGUCCUGAUGAAAUUGACAUCAAUGUGGAUGAACUUGAUACCCCUGAUGAAGCAGAUUCUUUUGAGUACACUGGGCAUGAGGGUCCCACAGCCAACAAAGAUUCUGGCCGAGAGUCUGAGUCCAUUCCGGAAUACACAGCGGAGGAGGAGCGGGAAGACAACCGGUUGUGGAGGACGGUGGUGAUUGGAGAACAGGAGCAGAGGAUUGACAUGAAGGUCAUCGAGCCCUACAGGAGAGUCAUUUCUCACGGAGGAUACUAUGGGGACGGCCUAAACGCCAUCAUUGUGUUUGCCGCCUGUUUUCUGCCAGACAGCAGUCGGGCGGAUUACCACUAUGUCAUGGAAAAUCUUUUCCUAUAUGUAAUAAGCACUUUAGAGCUGAUGGUAGCUGAAGAUUAUAUGAUUGUGUACUUGAAUGGCGCUACCCCAAGGCGGAAGAUGCCAGGGCUGGGCUGGAUGAAGAAAUGCUACCAGAUGAUUGACAGACGGUUGCGGAAGAACUUGAAAUCAUUCAUCAUUGUUCACCCAUCUUGGUUCAUCAGAACAAUUCUUGCGGUGACACGACCUUUUAUAAGUUCAAAAUUCAGCAGUAAAAUUAAAUAUGUCAGCAGCUUAUCAGAGCUCAGUGGACUGAUCCCAAUGGACUGCAUCCAGAUUCCAGAGAGCAUCAUCAAGUACGAUGAAGAGAGAUCUUAUAAGAGAAGUGUGAGACUGGAUGAAGAACUGAGGGAAGCAUCAGAAGCAGCUAAAACUAGCUGCCUUUACAAUGAUCCAGAACUGACUUCUAUGGAGAAAGAUAUUGACCUGAAACUGAAAGAAAAGCCCUAAGUGUUCGUGGCUGGGAGAAGAGGAUGCUUUUCUGCUCCAUGGUUCUGUUGAAACCUGUCUGCCUGAAAGAGACAGGGCUGCUCGUACUUUUUUCCACUUUGCACUACCUGGUGCCACUCUAAAUUUCUAAGGGGGAAAGCAGUAAGGGAAUCUGUUUACUCUGAACGUAUUUUAUGAAGUGGUGUGUAUUUUCCUAUUUUGCCAAUUAUGUGCCUCAAAGAUUUUAGUUGAACCUUAGCAAGAAAGUAGGACCUUCCAUUUCCAUAUUUUGUUACCCUUUGGUGCAGUGGUAUUUUGUCUCUUAGACUGAUAUUGAUCAAUAAGAUAACUUCGAUUGGCUAUUAAUUAUAAGUGGAAUUGCUUCCAUAGAUUAGCUGGGACUCUCCCUGGUGAUCAUUGUAGGUUUAACAUACACAAGGCUCAUCUCUCCCUGGAAAACUUGUCCCCAUGUCAGCCCACUUUUAAAAUCCUAAACUUGCUUAACACAGCCAUACACCAGACACAAGUUAAACCAUCAUCAGCUAAGUGCCCACUUGGUUUCUGUCCAUGGGAAUGAAUGGUCUCUAACUUCUAAAAGGAAAGCCAGGCUUUCUAGUUCACAGCUAUUUUAUUUUAGUAAACAAAUUGGGCAUCAUGUCUGUGAAUUGCUGUAUUUUGCUGUGUAUAAUGUACACCACGUUUUUGGCCCAAACUUUCAGGAAAAAAGUCUUUUGUUUUAAUUUUUUUAAAUUCAAUUAUUUAUUUAUAUUUAGAUACUUGCAUUUUAUAUUAUAAAGGAAUUUUAGCAUUUAUUUUGAACAUAUUAUGGUACAAGAAAUUUUAUUUAAUGAAUAAUUACAAAACACAAGAAAAGAUAUAAUACAUUUCAUGUGUAAUGCAUAUCCUUUUUUUUCCCCUCAAAAAUUUUGGCAACAAAGUACGCAUUAUACUUAGCAAAACACAGUAGUUUCUUUUUAAAAAAUCAUUUCUCCCACAAAUAUUGAAGACCUCUAUUUUGAGAAACUUUAGGAUCUUCAUCCAUAUUUUUGGUAGCUGUGCUUCAGAUCAUAAACUUAAUUCAAGAUGUUUUACUUUAAGUGCCAAGGACUCGAGGGUAAGGUGACCCACUUAAAAAUUAUUUGGUAACAAUCACUUACCUGAAUUUCUCUCUCACAUGCCUUAUAAAAAGUAAUCUGCUUUAAAACACUCUAAUCUGAUCACAGGUUUAAAAUUAAAUAUGAGUAUGUACUAUCAUUUGCAAAAUAUCCCUUUGCGAUUUUCACAUGCCCUUUGAAACACCAACGUGGUUUCAACUCUGUGGGCCUCUAGCAGAGGGGAUGGCAAACCACAGCCAAGUGUAGCCCCGCCUCCUUUCAUCUGGCCUGGUGAGGACUGCUUUCCUCCCUUUGGAUUGAAAAAAUUGUUUUUAAUAUUUCAUGACACAUGAAAAUCAUUCAACGUUCAUUGUUCAUUAAUAAAGUUUUACUAAAACACAGCCACAAAAAUUAUUUAUAAACUUUCUGUGGCCACUUUCCUACUAUAACAGAGUUGAGUAGUUGCCACAGACCAUGUGGCCUACACAGCUGCAAACAUUACAAUCUUCAUAGAAAAGGGUGCUGAGCCCUGCUCUGGCACACACAUCCUUUGCCUCACUUUCCUGUGUCUGUGUAGAUAGUCAUUUCUCUAACAGAAUGCACAUGUUAAGUCUGCAAACUAAUUUAGUCUUCAAAAAUAAAGUUAGGCAGAAAAAUGCAUGGCCUGACGAAAAAGAUGGCAUUUCCAUGACCCCCAGGGAAGCCUGCCAUCGAGGUUUUUGGCUGUUGACAGGCGUGGUUGAAAUCCUGACCUUACUCUGGGUACUAUUGUUGGUCUCUACUAUCUCCUAUUACUAAUUAGGUAGCAAAAAUAAAGUGGAAAGUGGGUGGGAACUACAUCCAGGAGAGCUUUCCAUAGUACUCUGAGCAUAAGCUUUGAAAUGCUCUGAAGUAGACAUACAGGUGACUGCAUUUCACUGACCUCAUUUGCUUCAUGUUGGUCUCCCACCCGCCUUCCGGACAGGCCUUGUACACACGGGCCGGCUCUCUCUCCUCCAUCAGCCAUAGUUAUCUAUGUUCCCUCUUGGUCCCUUUCAGCUGAGCAUCACUGAGCUGUGUUCUUUUGGGUGUUCUGCCUCAUAACAUCUGGUUUGUCUAAUAGAAAAGCCCUAGAGCAUGCCUUCUCUCACAGCCCAGCUCCACCUUUGGAAGCCCAUCUUAGUGCUGACCUAAGUAUGGUGACCCAAUAUUCCGGUUUGUUCACCCAUUGACUGCUGUUGCCCUGACAUAACUAUUAAUGAUGCUUCCUGCUGCUCGGUCGUGUCCCAUUUUGGAAGAUGAAUUACACAGUCCCCACAGCCACAGGAAGUAACGAAGAAUCCAGUGUUCAGCUUAAUGGUGAAGCCCGAGGACAUAGAGCUGUUGAUAGAGGGCUUUUGUUAAAUUCAGUCAGACAUGCAACAUGCUCACCAUUCACAUUUUCUUUGAACUUGUCCAGACUUGGCAUGGAAGACUACUCAUGUGGGAUUCUGUCUGAAGCUUAACCUUCCUACAUGGAAAUUACAAUCACCUUUCCCAAUCAAUGAUUUUAUUUGGGCUGUCCUAUGGGCUGUAGAACCACUCUGAUAGUUAGGCAUUUGCUAUUUUAUUAUCUAAAAAGGCAAAUUAAUUUAAUUGCAUGUGCUAGAGAAAAGCCACCAGGUAAAUUCAAUCCAAAUAAAUAGAAUCCUAGAAAACUCCUGGAAAAAUAAUCCCUAAGCAGAUAGGUAGGCAGAUAGAAACUCUCACACCAUCAGCUGUCUAAGUCUUGCAUUCUGAGCAUUCUUGCUUUGGUUCUGACUUCUGAGAACUGUUUUGCACUUUUUCUGUAGAUUUGUAGUUAAGGGAACCAAAGGGUUAUUGGGGCAAAAGUGUUGUUUUUCCAUAGUGGCAACAGCUCUUUGCUUAGCUCCUUGAUUAAGAGAAAGAACAAAAACUCUGCCCAGAAGAUAUGGUCAAGGAGUGAGGGCAAUAGCUGAGUGUGGAAGAAAAUCCUGAAGUUCCUAUUGAAGCCAUACAAUGUUUUAUGGGGUUAUCUUCUAAGACAUACUCCAAGAUGUGUGAGGAAGUCACUACUUUAAGCCUUUGUGUUACUAAGAUCUCAUUUAUGGUACUAUGUCUGCAACACUCAUCUAAAUCGCAAAGCCUCAGUAGUUUGCUCCCUUAGACACAUUUAUGUGUGCACAGAUUAAUCUUUUAUAUGUUUAAAGAUUUUCUACCAUCUGUUGAAUUAUCAGAGUAAAGUAUCUAUUAGAUUUUGGGUAAAUAAAGAAAUAAAUUAUUCUUAAAUAGUGUGGUUUAAUAUAAAAAUAU